AUCCUUUGAUUAAGGGCAUCGCUUCAAAGACAAGAAAAAUAUAAAUGUAAAUAAAAUUUUAAAAAAAAAAAAAGAAGAAAAAGCUAAAUUAACAGUAAUCACAGGCUCACCCUUCUGUCUAUAGGACUCUGACCAGAGGAGAGUGAUGAUGAUGUUCUUCUUCUACACUCAUUAGCUUCUUCUCUUUGUCUGUCUCUUCUAGCAGAUCUACUCUGUAGUACUCUCUUUGUCUCUUCGAAAAAGAUCUCUCUGUUGAAGACUCGUUUAUCCUUCCAUGCACUGCUCUUUCUCUUUUGCUCACAACAUUGCUCUUUUUAUUUUCUGAAUCAAGUUAAUUUCGGUUGAUUGAGUUCGUUCAAUAAUGGCGUCAAAGCAAGGAUCAAAAUCGAAGAGGUUAGGUUCGAGAAGUUCAAAAGCUGCCAAUUCUCCUUCUUCUUCAACGACAUCAUCUUCUAAACAUUUUCUGGAAACCUCCAUAGACGGUCAGAGCUCCCCUGCAUCAUCGUCUGCUCGAAGCAAGCCACAGUAUUUUUACUCAGAAAGCAUGCCUUUAGAUGUGGAGAGAUCCAAAGAAAAUGUUACCGUUACAGUUCGUUUUCGUCCAUUAAGUCCUAGGGAAAUUCGUCAAGGGGAGGAGAUUGCUUGGUAUGCUGAUGGAGAAACUAUUGUCAGAAACGAACACAAUCCAACAAUCGCAUAUGCUUAUGAUAGAGUAUUUGGCCCUACAACUACAACUCGUCAUGUCUAUGAUGUUGCUGCCCAGCAUGUUGUCGGUGGUGCUAUGGAAGGCAUCAGCGGAACUAUUUUUGCAUAUGGUGUAACAAGCAGUGGGAAAACUCACACUAUGCAUGGUGACCAGAGGUCUCCUGGAAUUAUACCUUUGGCGGUGAAAGAUGCUUUUAGUAUUAUUCAAGAGACGCCGAACCGAGAGUUCCUCCUUCGUGUGUCAUACUUAGAGAUCUAUAAUGAGGUUGUUAAUGACUUGUUGAAUCCAGCAGGACAAAAUUUAAGAAUCAGAGAAGAUGCUCAGGGCACAUUUGUUGAAGGAAUAAAGGAAGAAGUUGUAUUAUCCCCUGCUCAUGCACUUUCUCUCAUAGCUGCUGGAGAAGAGCACAGGCAUGUUGGGUCUACUAAUUUUAAUUUACUCAGCAGCCGGAGCCAUACAAUAUUUACACUGACAAUAGAGAGUAGCCCAUAUGGAGAAAAUAGCGAGGGAGAAGCUGUAAAUUUGUCUCAACUGAACCUCAUCGAUCUGGCAGGUUCUGAAAGUUCAAAAGCUGAGACCACUGGUGUAAGACGGAAAGAAGGAUCCUACAUUAAUAAGAGCCUGCUAACACUUGGAACUGUUAUAUCAAAGUUGACAGAUGGGAGGGCUAGUCAUAUUCCAUACCGGGACUCUAAACUGACCAGGCUUCUUCAAUCUUCAUUAAGUGGUCAUGGCCGUGUAUCACUUAUUUGCACUGUCACUCCUUCAUCAAGCAAUUCUGAAGAGACACAUAAUACUUUGAAAUUUGCCCAUCGUGCAAAACACAUUGAAAUUCAAGCAGCACAGAACAAGAUUAUUGAUGAGAAAUCCCUUAUCAAGAAGUAUCAAAAUGAGAUACGCUGUUUGAAGGAAGAAUUAGAACAAUUGAAGAGGGGGAUUGUGACAGUUCCGCAAUUGAAGGAUAUGGUGGAAGAUGAUAUUGUCCUCCUAAAACAAAAGCUAGAAGAUGGUCAAGUCAAGUUGCAAUCUAGAUUGGAACAAGAAGAAGAAGCAAAAGCAGCUUUGUUGAGCAGAAUACAACGCUUGACAAAGUUAAUUUUGGUCUCCUCCAAAGCUUCGCAAUCAUCAAGGUUUCCUCACCGCCCUGGUCCAAGGAGGAGACAUUCCUUUGGAGAAGAAGAGCUUGCAUACCUGCCAUACAAAAGGCGAGACUUGAUGUUGGAUGAUGAAAACAUUGAAUUGUAUGUUUCUAUUGAAGGGAACAAUGAAACCACAAAUGAUACAAUGAAGGAGGAGAAGAAAUCCCGGAAGCAUGGAUUGCUCAACUGGUUAAAACUGCGGAAACGAGAAAGUGGGAUGGGGACGAGUACCAGUGAUAAAUCAAGUGGAGUAAAAUCUAUUAGUACACCUUCAACACCUCAAGCAGAACAUAACAAUUUUCACACAGAAUCCAGAUUUUCAAAUCCUUUACUUACAGACAGCUCUCCAUCUGCUGAUCUUCCAUCUGAGGUUCAACCAGAUAGAGAAGUUCCUGAUGAAAAUUUCCUUGGUCAAGAAACUCCUUCGACUAGCAUAAAAACAAGUGAUCAGAUUGAUCUUCUUAGAGAGCAGCAGAAGAUUUUGUCUGGAGAGGUGGCACUUCAUUCAAGUGCUUUGAAGCGAUUGUCUGAGGAGGCUUCGAGGAAUCCCCAAAAGGAACAGAUUCAUGUGGAGAUGAAGAGGCUGAGAGAUGAAAUCAAGGUGAAGAAUGAACAAAUUGCUUUGCUGGAAAAGCAAAUUACAGACUCCAUCAUGACUUCAGAGAGCAAGAUGGAUAAAUUGGAAAUGUCCCAAACAAUUGCGGAACUGACAGAACAAUUGAACGAGAAAUCAUUUGAACUAGAGGUUAAAGCUGCAGAUAAUCGGGUGAUCCAGGAGCAGCUCAACCAAAAGAUAUGUGAAUGUGAAGGAUUGCAGGAAACAGUUGCCUCUUUGAAGCAGCAGCUCUCUGAUGCGCUAGAGUUGAGAAAUAGUAGUCCUUUACCCAGUUACUUACAGCAGUUUUCUGAAUUAAAAAGUUUACAGGCAGAAAAGGAAAUUGCAGCGACAAAAGAUAGAAAUGAAGAUUUGCUUCAACAAGCUCAGGUCGCAGAGAUUGAAGAGCUGAAGCAAAAAGUUAUUUCAUUGACAGAAUCAAAAGAACAACUGGAAAUGCGGAAUCAAAAAUUGGCAGAUGAAAGUUCUUAUGCAAAAGGGCUAGCAUCAGCUGCUGCUGUUGAGCUUAAGGCAUUAUCAGAAGAAGUUGCCAAGCUCAUGAAUCAUAAUGAGAGAUUAGCUGCUGAGCUGGCAGCAAUUAAGAACUCACCUGCACAGCGUAGAACUAGUGGCUCAGUUCGGAAUGGCCGAAGAGAGAAUAAUCACAUGAAACGCAGUGACCAAGUUGGCCCGACUUCAGAACUGAAGAAAGAGUUGGCUAUAAGUCGAGAAAGAGAACUUCAAUAUGAAACUGCUCUCGUGGAGAAAGAUCAAAGAGAGGCCGAGCUUCAAAGGAAAGUUGAGGAAUCCAAGCAAAGAGAAGCUUAUCUUGAAAAUGAACUAGCUAACAUGUGGGUUCUUGUAGCAAAAUUGAAAAAGGCGAAUGGUGCCGACCCAGAUAACUAAGAAUGAACAACAGAGGUUUCAAGAAUUGAUGGUUUUGGACACUGAUUUCUUCAGAAACGGGCAACGUCUGAACAACAGAGCUUCUUCUAAAGCAAUGUCUGAGAGUUAGUGUGCAGAAAUUUGUGUCGUGCAUUACAAAGUCAGGGGUGUUUAUGUAUUGCAAAUGACUUUUUUCUUUCUUUCUUUCUUUCUUUUUCUUCUUUCAACAAAUGAGCCUAUUGGCCUAUUUUUCCUGUGCCUUUGUUUAUUUAAGGUUUUCUAAUGUGUCAAUAUUUGUAUUAAGUAAUCACCCACGAUUGUUUCUUAGGGGUCUUAUUGUGAAUGCUUGAUCAUUUAAUGAUUCGUAUAUAGAAUGACAGUGUAAAGAAUUAGAAUA